GCACUUGACACAUAUAAUACUGCUGUGGUUUCCCCUAUAUACUACGUCAUGUUUACAACACUGACCAUUGUUGCAAGUAUGAUAAUGUUUAAGGACUAUGUUCAUCAAAAUGCAACACAGAUAAUUACAGAGUUAUGUGGUUUUGUAACUAUCCUCUGUGGUACUUUUCUUCUUCACAAAACCAAAGACAUGGGAAGCAAUCCAUCGAAACCAAUACCCGUCCUCCUCCUAAAAACAGACACGGAUUGUAAGCCAACAAAUGAAACCACAAAAAUUCCAGCUGAGGUUUGAAGGCAAACUACUAGGAGAUUGUUCUUUAACUGCAUCAUCAAGAGAGUAUAAGCUUAGCAUUGGAAAGAGGUGAUGUUUUUUGACAGGUUGAAGCCAAUGUUAUACUAGGAAGAUAUUUCGAUAUGAUUCUUUUUUGUUAUUUUGACUUUAGAAAGAUUUUAUAGUGUGGAUACUGAUAUCGAAAUUGACAUGCUUCUUCGAAUUAUAUACACAGAUAAUAUGGAAACGAGUUGGGACUUUUGUUGCUUCAGGCUAGCAUUUCUUUUGUGUACAUAGGACAUUGCCUGUAUUGAGAUUCUCUUGUUUACUUUGUCUAGUUGGUUUUCAAUGUCUUUCACUCUCUUUUUUUUGGGAUUAAAUUCUUGUUGUAUCUGUAAUAGAUAGGGAAAGUGAUUUUUUAUCGGUAAUUUACAUUGAUUCUUUUAAUAUA